AAUGCUUAUUAUAAGGGACAUCAUGUGGUCUGGAGCUACAUCUUCAGUUGAUGUACUCUGGAACACACACAAUUAUUCACAAUCAGUGAUUAAGCACUCUUUAGUUGAUUAAGCCAACUAAAGAUCAUUACAUUACAUUUAGCUGGCGCUUUUAUCCAUUGCUUUUUUUUAACCCCUUUGCAAUUUCACUUUUGCCCGGGGAGCAAUUAGGGGUUAGAUGUCUUGCUCAGGGACACGGAGAGAGCCGGCGGUCGAACCACCAACCUUGAGGUUCCCAGCGCACCCUUGCUACCCACGCGCCACCGCCAACCCCCACCAAUGUUUAUACCAAGAAGGUGGAAUAUUUGACAAUUUAGCUUCGGCGCUAUUUAAAUCUCUGUAAAGAAGGAUGCAAUCGCUCCACAGGAUCCCACUCACCAGAAUGAAUCAAUUACAGACCCAUUUACAGCGGUGAGGAUGGCGUCUGCAGGCCGGAGCACACAUGCAGGCUGUCUUGCUCCUUGUUCUCUGUGAUUGAUGGGCUUUAAACGCAGCAACACAGUCCCAUUUCGAACAACUCCCAACAACCUUAAUGGUUAUGAAGCCGAGCGUUUUAAUUACAAAGUGGGGUUAGCUGCAGCUCGGAGGCCUCUGCCUCCGCGUUAGUUUUUCCUAAUGGAUUUAUGAGCGUUGGUAUGACACCCCCGGAGCAAUCAUGCAAAGUAUUUCAUGGAGUUGUGUGGAUGUAAUCAGAGCUUGCAGACUAGUAGGACCCUGUGUGUGCAUGCCCUCCGCCCGUUGUGUCUAACAUCUGGUUAUUGCGACCCAGUUUACAAGUAAGCAGCGUUGGCCCAUGGACGACUGCCACAGUAGACUAGUUUAGGGCUUUGCGAGAGAGAGAGAGAGAGGGACAAGUUGAUGCAUCCAAGAGAAGGAAAUUGUUACAUAAUGAUUUCAUCUGGGAGGUUCAAGAUGGAUUCCUUUCUCGGCUCGUCUCCUAGUCCAUCGGUUUGUGAGCUCCUACGUUUCCCAAAUUGCCAGUGCUGCGAGUAGCUGAACUUGUCGCAGGAGACAGCAACAGCAGCGAUAAACAAGGUACUAGACAGGACCCCCACUUUGAGCAGGUAAGACUCGUGGGUCACACACGAUGACUGAAGUGUGGUCAGUCUGUUCUUAGUGUGAUUAAUCACUGGCUGUCAGGCAUUGUGAGUCCAAACACGCUUCCCGCUCCUUAAAACGGGGGGGCGGGGGGGUGUUGCCUUGGUGGGAUCUCGUCAGGCAAGAUCAAAUAUCAAAUAUCUCGACAUUGAGUAGAUACGUUUUCCUAAGAUGUUCAGACAGUCGUGAUCCCCAGAGGCUGAAGCCUAUUGACUUUAGUGGUGCCUGACUUUUCACAGUUUCACCAUCAGGUGAAACUGUUCAAUUAUCUGAAAAAUCAGAAUUAUCUAAAAAGAAAGUUAGAGAUGCAAUCUGUGUUCAAAUGUUGAUAAUAGAAGAAUUCAUUAUAAUUACUUAAAUCUAUUAAUCUGACGCACUUUAUCGGGAGCUUUGAGGUCCUACCAGGACAUAUUUUUAUCUUUUGGCAGUUAAAAGCACCGGAAUGAGCAAACGGAAUGAGCUAUUGAUCAAUUUUCCAGCAGGUCUGUACGUUGAAUGAACUACAAAUCAUUCAUCAUGAGACAUUCCUACACACACACACACACACACACACACACACACACACACACACACACACACACUCCCUCUCUGGAGUCAAUGCAGCACUCUGAGGUGGGAGACGGCUCUGCCCAUGUUUCGCUGUGGCAGAGACUGGCAUCAGGCCUGUUGCUUAGCAACCGUCUCUGUGGAUGCUGGCACUGUUGUCCUUUCGCCAUAGAAACGGAGGAGGAUUCUGUGGCUACUAUUGUUUCUGUGUGGAGAAAGGCACACGCACUCCCGCAUAUCUCCCUUCCGUGUUCACACAGACACACACACUCCACAAGCGGAUCUACCAGAUGCAGGUGACGGUCCCGGCCACCGGUGUCAACAGCUUCAACUACUCCUUCUCCUACCUCUGUCUCCCCGACGACAAGAACGUCUGCAUCAUCGACGACAUCAUCCGCGCCAUGGAGGAGAUCCAGUCGGCGCGCACCUCCAACAGCUCCGUCCCGCCCCUGCGCUACCCGAUCACGGAGCUGGCGGACGGACGGCAGGCGUACAUCGGCCACCAGCUGGGCGGCGUGCAGGGCUGGGCUCCCAACGGGGCGGUGCGAGGUCAGGGCACGGGAGCCCGGGGCGAAGGUGUGCGAUCCGCCCGGGCGUUGCAGCUCACCUACUACCUCCAAGCCCGCGGCGGCCUGAUGGACCGGGUGGCCAGCCAGUGGGAGAAGGCCUUCUGUGCCGAGUUACAACACUUUGCAGCCUUGCACCCCAAGCUGGGGCUGUACCCUUCGACUUCCUCUUCUCUGAGGACCGACUUCCAGUUCUCCUCGGUGCUGGCGCACCAGCCCCUGUUGGCCAGCUUGGGGGCGUGCAGCGUGCUGGUCGUCUUGUGCUGCUCCAUGAGGGACUGUGUGAGGUCUAAACCCUGGUUGGGACUGCUGGCUUUGCUGUCGAUCACGCUGUCCGGCCUCACUGCUGCCGGGAUACUCAACCUGACCGGCGCCACCUACAACUCCACGUACCUGGGCAUCCCUUUCGUCAUGCUCGGUCACGGACUCUUCGGCUCCUUCGAGAUGCUGUCGUCAUGGAGACGAACCCGGGAGGACCAGCAUGUGAAGGAGCGCGUGGCGAGCGUCUUCGAGGACGUCAUGCUGCGGCUCUCCGGCUCCACCAUGCUCCACCUGAUGACCCUUGGCCUGGCCGCCUCGCCGCUCACCAACAUGGAGGCCGUCCGCCUCUUCUGCCGCACCGCCGCCUUGGCCGUCACCAUCAGCUACGUUUACAUGUUGUCCUUCUACAGCUCCUGUCUGGUGUUCACCGGAUACCUGGAGACCGGGUACAGACACGGCUGCUUCUGCCGGCGGGUCCCCAAACCGGACCGGCUGGACUCCAAACCGGCCUGGUACAGGUGUCUCAUGUACACUCGCUACCAGGACGAGGCGCCCGCGGCCAACCCGCCGCCGCACGGGGUCGAUCCCGGUCACGCCCACGCGGCAAACUCCAGCCUCACGAACACGCACGCGCACGCGGCGAACAACACGGCGGCGGGUGGACUCGUCGCCAACUCCACACACGGCCAUCCACACCCGCACCCGCUCACGCAUCCCACAGCGAACAUGGACCCUAAUCCUCAGGACUCUCACCUUCUGCUGGGGUGCGUGAGGCGUUGCUAUGGCGACUGGAUCACCAACACCUAUGUCAAACCCUUUGUGGUUCUGCUGUAUCUGGUUUACAUCUCCUUUGGAUUGAUGGGCUUCCUGCAGGUGACCCAGGGUUCAGACCCCAGUGCACUGGUUGCCAUGGACACCGCCACAGUAUUGUACACCCGGGCCCAGCAGCGCUACUUCAGCUCGUACUCCCCCGUCAUUGGAUUUUACAUCUACGAAAGCGCCCCCUACUGGAACGCCUCGGUGCAGCGGGACCUGCUGGAGUACGCCAAAGGCUUCCAGCGAAUCAGCUGGCUGGAAGCCUACCUGAACUACCUGACGGAUCGCAACCAGUCCACCAGCCAGCCGCGGGAAAACUUCACCAACACGCUGCGCCACGGCUUCCUCCGCGAGCCGCAGUACGCCCACUUCGCCGACGACAUCAUAUUCGCGGAGCGCGGCGGGGGGGGGGAGGAGCCCGACGUGGCGGCGUCCCGGAUCUUCCUGGUGGCCAAGACGACGGAGAACAAGCGCGAGGAGAUGUCGGUGCUGCUGGACACGCUGCGCCGCCUGUCGCUGACCUCCCGCGUCCGCUUCCUGAUCUUCAACCCCUCCUUCGUCUACCUGGACCGCUACGCGGCGGCGGUCAGCUCCCCCCUCAGACACUCACUGCUGGCGGUGCUCUUCCUGCUGGGCCUGUCCUCGCUGGCCGUGGUGGAGCCGCUGGUCUCCGUGUGGCUGGGCCUCACGGUGCUCUCCGUCCAGUUCGGGGUGCUGGGCUUCAUGACCCUGUGGGGCGUGGAGCUGGACUGCAUGUCGGUGAUGUGUCUGAUCUCGGCCCUGGGACACUCGGCGGACUGCAGCGGCCCCCUCCUCUGCGGCUUCUCCUCGGGUCGGGGCGACAGCCGGACUCGCUGGGUGAGGGUGGCGCUGGAGAGGCACGGGGUGCCCUCCCUGCAGACGCUCAUCUGCUACGGCGCCGCCCUGGUGCCCGUCGGCACCGUGCGCUCCAACCUCACACACACACUGUUCCGCUGCCUCGCCCUCACGGCCGGCUGCUCGGCCCUGCACACGCUGGCGUUCCUGCCCACCCUCCUCACCUUCCUGCCCCCCUCCAAGAGCCGGGGGGAGCGGCCCGACGGAGAGGCGCAGAGACAGGAGGUGGAGUGCGUGGAAAUGAACGACAGCACGCGGGUGGUGGACCAGAUCACCACUGUCUGAGCAUGAGGGGGGGGAUGUUGUUGUUGUUUUUCUUUUAUUAGUUUUGCCCCCUUUGUUGCCAUGGUGACUGUGGGUUGAGAAUCGAUUCACUGUAGUCGGGGCAGCCGCUCUGCAGCUGCAGACAGGAAUGCUGAAAAGAGGUGUAGAAGGAGGGCGAGAGAGAGAGAGAGGGAGGAGGAAAAAUGCAGGUAGGGGGUUCAAGAGGAAUCAUUAAAAGGAGAGCGGGAGGUUUGGCGAAGACAAAAGACAAACACUGGUUUCCAAUGCAGCGUAUCCAUGGUUACCCGCUUGUUGCUAGUGCGGCGUGGCAUGCGGAUGAGCUCCUUCCCAAAACCAGCCAGAAUCAGAAGUUGAGGAUCACCACAGAGGAAGUGUCACAUUUUCUCACCCGUCCGCAAAAGUUGCAUAAGAUCUGAACACACUGUUUUGCUACUGCUUUCUGUUCUCUGUUCAUAUCAAGUUGCACAAACACAGCUACAAUGACGUGAAGCAAUCAUCUGUAUGACUCGAGUAUUUCUACCUUCAUGCCGGACAAAUAAAGUUGAAUCAAGAAAACGUG